CAGCUUGCAGCGGCAGCUGAACUUCUCCGUUAGUUUCUAUCUGGACCAUCUCUGGGCAGAGUGGUACCUGCUGGACCCGGUCCAGAACCUUUCCUCCUUCUAACUGAACUGAGAUAGAAACCUCCUCAACCCGGUUCGAAGGUCCACAUCCCGGCAGCAGAACCCUGGUACCGGUCCGGAGGUCCACAUCCCGGCAGCAGAAAUCCGGUUCGUUUGUGGAGCGACUCGUCAGGUCAGAGAAGAUGCUGCGAUCAGCUGCAGGUCUCAGAACCAGAACAUCCUCUCCUCUCAUAGCAGCCGUGUUUCUGCUCUGGCUGCUGAGUCUGCAACCUUCAGAGUCCAGAACCGACCCAGAAUCCAGGACCUGGAGCCAGACCGGGCCGCGGCUUCAGCUCUCUCACUCAGAUGUGAGGAACGGCUCGGCGGUCUCCUGGAGCGCCGGCGUUGGCGGGGGCUACCAGGUCCUGCUGCUGGAUGAGGACAGAGGAUGGCUGCUGGUUGGAGGGAAAGACCACAUUUAUCUGCUGAACCCCGACAACCUGGACCAGCCCGUCCACAAGAUCCACUGGCCUGCAGCUCAAGAACAUGUGGAGCACUGCAGGCUGGCAGGCAAGAGCCUGGAGAGAGAUUGUGCCAACUUUGUCCGUGUGCUGCAGUCUUUCAAUAAGACUCAUGUUUACGUCUGUGGCACCGGCGCCUUCCAUCCACAGUGUACUUACCUGCAGCUCAGCCAGAACCCAGAGGAGCCGUGGUUCAGGUUGUCCCACGCCGUGGAGUCAGGACGAGGAAAGUGUCCCUUCAGUCCCAGAGAGCCGUUUGCUGCCAGGCUGACCGAUGGUGAACUUUAUGCAGGAACCUCUGUCGACUUCAUGGGGGCCAACGCGGCGAUCUUCUGCACCUCGGUUCAGGGCAGCAGUCAGCAUUACAUCCGCACCGAGGCCUCCGAUCACAACUGGCUCAACGAGCCGGACUUUGUGGGCUCCUUCUCCAUCCCUGACACUCACAGUCCAGACGACGAUAAAGUUUACUUCUUCUUUAAGGAGAAGGCGGUGGAGGCCGGCCAGUGGGACCAGAGGGUCUACAGCCGGGUGGCUCGGGUCUGCAAGAAUGACGUUGGUGGGAAGAGGAGUCUGAUCAACCGCUGGACCACCUUCCUGAAAGCCCGAUUAGUCUGCUCUGUUCCCGGCCCGUCGGGAGUCGAUACUCACUUCGAUGAGCUCGAGGACAUCUUUGUUCUGGAAACCAAGGAUCCUCAGAACCCGACCAUCUAUGGCGUCUUCACCACCUCCAGCUCCAUCUUCCAGGGCUCGGCUGUGUGCGUUUACUCCAUGGCGUCCAUCCGCGCCGCCUUCAACGGCCCGUUUGCCCACAGAGAGGGACCCGACUACCACUGGGUCGAGUACAAGGGCCGCAUCCCGUACCCCAGACCCGGAACGUGUCCCAGUGAGACGUACGAUGCAUUGCUCAAGUCCACCAAGGACUUCCCAGAUGAGGUGGUGAGCUUCAUGCGGCAGCACCAGCUGAUGUGGGACCCCGUCCUGCCUCUGGGCGGCCGACCCGUCCUGACCCGGGUCAACUCACCAUACCUGCUGAAGAGGGUCGUUGUGGACAGAGUGGAGGCUCAGGACGGACCGUACGACGUCUUACACCUGGGGACAGACGAUGGGAAGGUGGUGAAGGCUGUGUCAGUCAUCAAAGACAACUGGGAAACGGAGGAGGUCAUUCUGGAGGAACUCACCGUGUUCCAGAUUCCGACUCCUAUCCUGAGCAUGGAGCUGUCGACUAAACGGGAACAGCUGUACGUGUGCAGUGAGCUCGGCCUGGUCCAGUUGGGGCUGCAGAGGUGUGAGCUCUACGGGUCCGACUGCGCCGAGUGCUGCCUGGCCAGAGACCCGUACUGCUCCUGGGACGGGCAGAACUGCUCCAGAUUCUUCCCCACCAGCAGGAGGCGAGCUCGCAGACAGGAUGUGAAGUAUGGAGACCCCUGGAGUCAGUGUCCAGUCACUGAGGAAGACUCCGACUCAGUGGAGGUGAAGGUGGCGUAUGGGGUGGAGGGAAACUCCACGUUCCUGGAGUGCGUUCCUCGGUCGCUGCAGGCUGAGCUCCGCUGGACGGUGCAGCGCUCAGAGAGUCAGCAGAAAGCUGCCAUUCAGCUCCCUCUCAGUGAUGACGGCCGCUUCCUGAGCAUGAAGCGAGGGUUGCUGGUUCAACGCCUGGAGCUGACUGACGCCGGCCUAUACACCUGCACCAGUCAGGACCACUCCUACAGCCAGGUCCUGGGCCGGUACCGAGUUCACAUCAUCGCCAACCGCAGCCUGCAUCCGGCCCGCUACCUGCAGAACCCCAGUCCCAACCCGCCGGACCUCCUGAGCCUGGUGAGGACCGGCCCGGCCGGGUUUCUGGGUCAGUCUGAGGCCGCUCCUCUGCCGCCGCACAGGAACUCAUGGCCGCCUCCUCUGAGGAGCUACAAAGACCUGCAGAUGGUGCGAAGCGUGGACGAGUACUGCGAGAAACUGUGGUACCGGGAGAAACGCAAGCAGCAGAAACAGAAACUUCUGAAGUUGAAACAGGAGAACCGGAAGGCUCGGGUCAGGAGGAACAACCCGCCUGAAGUCCCUCUUUAGUCCGCCAGACGACUCAGACUUUUGAAGGACAACAGAUCCUGCAUGGAGACAGGAAGUACUGCAACGUCAGCUGCUCCACAGAAUUAUCCAGCCUUCAGAUGUUAAAAAGGGAUUUGAUGCAUCAGGUCUGACUUGUCUUCAGUGUUUUUCUCCAGCCGUUCCUUAAAGAAGCUAAUCUGAUCUUUUUUCUAGAACCAAAUGUAGAUUUUUGUUUCCGUUUUCCUAGAAAUCUCCUCACUCACAUAUUGUUUCCAUCACUGCUGCUGAUUUCUGUGGAAAACCUGCUGGAAAAAAAAAACUAGACAGUUUCCUAAAAACAAAAAAUCUUAAUACAAAACUUUUAUUUUGAAAAUCCAAUUAAAACCUCUUCCUGUUGGCUGAAUCAAGUUCCAAUGAGAGAGAACAUGACUUUUGAAUAAAUGAGAUUGAUGAUAAAUGUCUGUUAGAGAUUCAGUCAGAAGGUUUUCCUCCUUCUAACAAACACUUUAGAAACUGUUUUUGUUCCCGUUCUGAAAAUAAACGUAGGAUUUCCUCCAUUUCCAUCGGAAUCAGGACCAAACUAUUGGACUUUCUAACUUAUAAACUGUUGGAUUUUAUUAAACAUUUCAUAAUAAGUCUUUGCUUUUCUCAUGAACAUUUUUUGAAACGACAAAUCCAAACCUCAUUAACCUUAAUAAACAGUUUUUAUCCACAACUUUAACUGCAGAAGCUAGAACCAGUUUCAUAAACUUCAUAUUGAUCUAAACGAUGUUUUCUACAUGAACAUGUGUUUGUUCUGAUCUCUUUCAUGCUGUGGAGGAAAUAAAAGCUUCGGUGAACAUGAAAACACGCAGUGGGCCACGCAGAGCUCCUGCAGAUCCAUGAACAUGUAAAGAGGCUGUUCUUCUUCCAGGAGAUUUUAGCCGAGUUUCUGCUGUGGAGUUUUCAGAUGUAAAACUGAGUCAUGAUGUUUUGUCUGAGAAUAAACCACAAUAUCUGACAUUUAGAGUCCAAUAAACUCAAAUAAAUAUAUAAAUAUA